GGGUGCUGCAGGUCGCGUGCAAGGCGGCGUCGGUGUUCACGGCAGCAGCAGCAGCAGCUCCCUCAGCAGCCCUCCGGAGGGAGAUGCUGCGCUGGUUUCGGUGCUGCGUCAGGAGCUGGCCAAGAUGGGUCGGGACCGGGAGGUGCUGCUGCAGCAGCUGGCUCAGGUGAGCAGUUCCGCCGAGGAGCGCAUCCGGCUGGCUCAGGCGGCCAUGCAGGAGCGGGAGAGCCGGCACCGGGAGGCGCUGGUGGCGGCGAGGGUGCAGGCGGCGCAGCGGGAGGCGGAGGCAGCAGCGGAGCAGAGGGUGCAAGCAGCGGAGAGCGCCGCCGCGGCUCUAGCGACGCAAGUACGGCAGCAGCUGGCGGCGGCGCUGACGGCGGCGGAGGAGGCGUGUCGCCACACGGAGGCGCUGGCGGGGGUGCGACUGUCCCGGGCGCUGGUGCGGCUGCAGGACGUCGAGCAGCAGGUCGCGCUGCUGCGGGCUGCCCAGCAGCGAGCUGCCGCGGAGCUGCGGGUGAGCCGGGGCGAGCGGGAGCGGCUGCGGCAGGAGCUGGCGGCGGCGCGGGUGGCGGAGGCGGAGCUCAGCAGCCAGCUGGCGGGCCGGGACAGCGAGGCACGAGCGCAGGUGGCGGCGCUGCGAACCGGGCACGAGGAGGCGCUGGCGGCGGAGCGGCGGCGCUGCGAGGAGGCUGAGCGGCUGGCGGCCAAGGCAGCUGCGGAGUGCGGGCAGCUGGAGCGGCAGCUGGCCAGGCUGAGGGAGGUCAGGGCGCAGCAGGAGGACGCCAGGCUGCGCCGGCUUCAGUCCCAAGUGCAUGAGCAGGAGACCCAACUGCGCAGUCUGAGACGUGAGCGCAGCACACUGUUAGCGGCGCUACGCAAGCAAGGCUGGGCGCCGCCGGCGCAAGGGGAGGAGGCGGCACGCACUGACCUAGCCGCAGCAGAUGACACAGACGCCGCGGCAAUAACGGCAGGAGACGUGGGCGCGGGGAACGCUACAGAGGCUACUACUGAUAUCGGCCACGUGCACGAGCGGAGGGAGACCGG